AGAGCUUCGAAAUAGGACACGAACGACGACUCUUGUUGCAAUACCCCCCUCCCCGGCUCACGCGUAUUCAUAUAUUCCGACGCUGAAGAAACGCUUAUGCGCUAAUAGGGAUUUCUACUGCGGAGACGAGAUCUCAGGAAGUAGUUCAAAUAAUACAUUUCCACCCAUCACAUUCAUUAUUCUCAUUUGGUCUGAACAGAAAUGGUUGCAAACGGUGCAGCUCCUCCAAGGGGAAGUGCAGCAGCAGCUGCCAGCUUGCGAAGGAGAAGGACAACCUCUGGUGGGACUGCCGGAGGAGCAAGUGGCACCAUGCUCCAAUUCUACACAGACGAUGCACCAGGGCUUAAGAUUUCUCCGAACGUGGUGCUUGUCAUGAGCAUUGGAUUCAUAGCUUUUGUUGCAAUUUUGCAUGUCGUGGGUAAGUUGUAUUUGGUGCCUAGAGAGGCUGGGAGGUCUUAGAAAGUGAAACUUAGCAGCAGCAGAUGUAGUGACUUCCGAUAUUAAGCCUUUUCCCUAUAAACAAUGGAUCCAUAGGGUUUUUUUUGUUUCUUAGUUCUGUAUUACCAUUUUGAUGUUCCUUCAGGUUAUACAUUGACAAAUAAAUACUCAAGGUUGUCAGCGUAGAGGUAGAGCAAUA